AGCGGGUGGCUGAAAAACAAGAGAGACAGUGGAGCCGAAAACAGAAAAUAGCUUCUAAUCUUAAAUUAGCAUCUAAUGUUUAUGAACAAAAUAGAAGCAAGGAUCAUAACUUUGGAUCAUCAAGUCUUUGUUUUUGCAGUGCGAUCGUGCAUAAAGGCUAAAGAGGGGCGGCAACAUGAGUUCCUUGCCGGAGGCCACACGCUCCCUCAUGGAGGUUUUUAAUGGGAAGCUGCAGGAUUUUACCAAAGAAAUUGACAAUGUCCACAUGUUGUGGCUGGAGGAGAUCCAGCUGGAAGCUUAUCGCAUGUUUUCCAGUGACUUCAGCACCGAGCCAGAACUCAUGCCAAAGACUCCAUCACAGAAAAAGACAAACCGCCGGAAACGGGUGUCUAUGGAGCUUAAUGAGUCUCGCAGCAAAAGACGUUUCUCCAAGGGGAAACGCAGCAACCUGCGUCGUUCUUCGGUCCAAAUGACCCUGAACAGCAUCUCUGAACUUGUUACGCCACACGUGCCGAACGACAGCUCUAAGAGCCUGAUGGAGGAACCUGCUCGUCGCACACGCCGCAACAAAACCACCGCCCCGGCUGAAACCGAACCUGUCAAACGCAGCACCCGAAACAAAGGCGGCGCCAAAGCCAAGGAGGUGGAAGAAGUGGCAGGGAACAUUCCAGAAGUGAAAGAAGCCGUUGAGGUGCAGGAUUCAGGCUCCAAUCAGCAUCAGGUCCUGGUGUCUGAAGCCAUGGUGAGGAUUCCCUCCUCGGAGAGUCUGUGUGCAGAUUCACUGCUGAACGCUGGUGUGUCUCCGGGACGAUCUGCUAAUAAAAUCCCCAUCGCUGCAUCUGGGUUGCAGACAACACCUCAAGGCUCGUCUCGGACGUCAGUUCGGCGCUCGCUGGUGGUGCGCCGUUCUCUGGUGGGCCUCAGGCAUAGCAUGACCCAGGAAGCUGUUCGCAGGGCAUCCCGACGCUCUUUCCUGAAGAAGAAAGCCAGACUGGGAAACUCGACCUGCAGCAGCUCCGUCAGCGAGGACAUUUGUAUGGAUGAUGGAACUGAGGAAAUGGAGAACAAAGAAGAACAGAUUGAUGCACCACAAAUGGUGACCGAACCAGCCACUGAAACCAAACCUGAACCAGAAAUCGUCCAAACUGAGGAACCUGAACCCGAGAAGACUGAAGAAAAGGAACCUGAGGUAAACGAAUACAAAGUUCCAGAAGAGAUUGCUGAAUCUCCCAGCACCACUGAGAACUAUCGCUUCACACGAUCCAUGGCUCGUACUUCAGAAACAGAUGACAGUGGAGGGUCAAAAUCCAAAGGAGAUGGCCGGCCUACACGCUUAGGCUCAAAGCGUCACGCAGCUCAGGAAAUCAACACACCCAAGAAGAAACAAUCUCCUUCAAAGAAGUGCCUUACGAGUAUCACUCCACACAUGCGCUCGUUCGUGCACACUGUGCAGAAGAACCAGAUGCUGAUGAUGACGCCUGGCUCUCUGGGCCGCAGCACCAUCAUGAAGUCCUUCAUCAAACAAUCUGCCACCAAAACUGACAUCAAGUUGGGCUCUGGCUCUGUGGAGCGAGAACGGCAGAAGUGGGACGCCUUGAACAAGAAAAUAGAACAAGAGAAUGAGCGAAAGAAAAAGACUGAGGAGGAGAGACGAAAGAAACAGGAAGAAAUUAAAAAGAAGCGGGACGAGCGUUUGAAACGGGUUGUUGAGGCUCGAGUGAAAGGUGAAAAGGAGAAGGAGCAAGAAAAGAAAAAGAAGAUCGAAGAAAAGAUGGCACAGCUGGAGAAGAAAAAUGACAUGCUGCGUGUUGAGCGGUUGGCUGAGGAGAAAGCCAAGAGGAAGGUGGCCACUAAACGACAGGAAGACCUGGAGCUGCGCAAGAAACAGGAAGAGGCAGCCAGACAAAAGAAACUUCAGCAAGUUGAGGAAGAGGAGCGGCGACACCAGGAAAUGCUGGCCAAACGCAAGGCUGAAGAGGAGCGAGAGAAGGCCCGCAAACUGGCCGAGGCCACCCGCGCUCUGGAACUGAAGAAGGAACAAGAGCGGGAGAAAGAGAAGGAGCGGGAACGCGAGCGGGAGCAAGAAAGACAGGCUGCAGCUGAGAAAGAAAGACUAGAGAGAGAGAAGGCUAUCGCUCUUCAGAAGGAACUGGAGAGAGCAGCCAGAGAGAAGGAGAGGAGGGAGAUGGAGGAGAAGAGGAAGAUGGAAGAGCAGAGACAGGCUGAAGUGGAGAGGGAAGCCCAAAGGAAAUGUGCUGCUGCUGCUGCAGCCUCAGCCCCGGCGCCCCCUACAGUUACGGCACAGGUCUCUGCCGCAAAAACACAUGCAGCUAAUAUGCUCAACACAACUAUAACUAAGAGUUCAGCUCUAAACAUGACUGUAGAUAUUGAGAGCUCUGUUCUGAAAACUCCAGUUGGGAAAGGAGCUGCUCACAAUAAGACCAUAGAUCACGGAGCUGGACUAAACGUGACCGUGGACAUUGAGCAGUCUCCACAGUCAUACCAGAUCACCCCUAAGGGCCAGAAAGUGACUGUUUUAAUGAAUCCUGAAGAUUACGGAAUGGACCAGAACAGUGAUGAUUCAACAGAUGAUGAAUCUGCGCCCAGAAAACCCAUCCCAUCCUGGGCUGAGGGUAUGCAGUUGCAGCAAGCCAUCAUGAAGCACUAUUACAAUCCACCGGAUCUCAAUUCAUAUUUCGGAGAACCUGAACCGCCCAAACUGGAGGCGAUCUUCAGGCAGACCAAGCCUCGCUUCUUUAAACGCACUAGCUCUGCUGUCUGGCAUUCUCCACCACGUUUGGGAAAUCUGGGCAAUUAAUAAGCAGAUGUAUUUUUUUUCCCCCUCUACUUUUAUUCUGUCGUCUUUUUUAUGUUGUUGUCUUUUAUACUCUAAGCUCACUUUAAUAAAGCCUUUUAAAAAUAUAUAUGUAAGUAGGUUAGAUUACACAAAAGAAGAUGGGGUUUGAUGCCAGUUUUCUGCCGCUGAGGGCAGAUUGGGAUGGGCUCGGUUUAAUUUACUUGCUUUUUUUUUUU